UUUAUAUUUUAUCGAUAUUGAUCUGUAAGACGAGAGAAAGAGAGAGCAGUGUCAUUUGGUUCUAAUUUUUCUCUGAAAUCAUCAAUGGCGAAUAGGUACUGGGUGGUUUCUCUUCCUGUUCAGGGAUCUGCUUCGUCCCUAUGGAAUCGUCUCCAAGAACUAGUCUCUAAGCAUUCCUUUGAUACUCCACUUUACCGAUUCAAUAUUCCUAAUCUUCGUGUCGGAACACUGGACUCGCUUCUCUCUCUCAGUGACGAUCUUGUGAAAUCAAACAACUUCGUGGAAGGAGUGUCUCACAAGAUCAGAAGGCAGAUCGAGGAACUGGAAAGGGUUUCGGGCGUCGAGAGCAGUUCUCUCACAGUUGAUGGAGUUCCUGUUGAUUCAUAUCUCACAAGGUUUGUUUGGGAUGAAGCUAAGUAUCCCACUAUGUCUCCUCUGAGGGAGAUUGUGGAUGGCAUUCACGGUCAGGUGGCUAAGAUUGAGGACGAUCUUAAAGUGCGUGUAGGUGAGUAUAACAAUGUGCGCAGUCAGCUUAAUGCUAUCAAUCGAAAGCAAGCUGGAAGUGUAGCAGUCCGUGAUCUUUCUAAUCUAGUUAAACCAGAGGAUAUUGUUACUUCAGAACAUCUGGUCACGCUGCUUGCAGUUGUUCCCAAGUAUUCACAGAAGGAUUGGCUGUCAAGCUAUGAGACAUUGACCAACUAUGUGGUUCCCAGGUCAUCAAAGAACUUGUAUGAAGAUAAUGAAUAUGCUCUUUACACUGUUACACUAUUCAAUCGUGUGGCAGACAAUUUUAAAACAAGUGCACGUGAAAAAGGCUUCCAAAUUCGUGAUUUUGAACAUAGUACAGAAGCACAAGAAAGCCGAAAGCAGGAGCUAGAAAAAUUGAUGCAAGACCAAGAGGUUCUGAGAAGCUCUCUUUUACAGUGGUGCUACACCAGUUAUGGCGAGGUCUUCACCUCCUGGAUGCACUUCUGUGCUGUACGAAUCUUUUCAGAGAGCAUUCUUAGAUAUGGUCUGCCACCAUCUUUCUUGUCAUUCGUUUUAGCUCCAUCUCUGAAGGGUGAGAAGAAAGUGCGCUCACUCCUUGAAGGGUUGUGCGACAGUACAAACAGCACAUAUUGGAAAGGUGAAGAUGAGGUUGGAGUGAUGGCUGGUUUAGGAGGUGAGGCUGAUACCCAUCCGUACGUCUCCUUUACAAUUAAUCUUGUUUGAUCUGAGAGAGAGAGAGAGAGAGAGAGAGAGAAAGUGAUUGAGUGAGAGAGCUCAGUUUACAGUUACAGUUUCUUGUCCAUUUUGAAGAAGCCUGAACCUGCGGAUUUCUCUAGAAUAAUAAAUGUGGGUGGGAUAAGCCAAAAAUAUUGUAUAUUAGAGGUGCAUUAUAAUUUAUGGCCAUAAUUCUUUGGUUAUUUCUUUGGGAUUCGUGAGGGUUCUCAUUUUUAAUCUGAGUAUAAAAUGUCUUAGCUAUCUGGAAUGAACUCGUUGCUAAGAAUACAUGUGAUGUCUCGACAUUGUAAUGUAUUUAUUUGUUCUGAACGACUUGAAUUUAUUCUACUCUGUUCAUUGUUUUACAUUUGUAUAAUAUGAUUGAUUCAAUUA